ACUGCGAACAGUGAACCACGAAUACAUUGAAUGAAGUUAAACUUGAUAGACAAUGUAAGACUGUUGACAAUUGGGCAUGUUAAUUCCGAUCGAUGUGUCCAGGAACAACAUUAUUCGCUGAAGUCGAAUUUGAUGGGCAUUUAUUCUACCCAUAGAUCCGCCCAUUAUUUCUCCGGGCAGCAGCAACACCGUUCUAGCGUAGUGCGUACCUAGACGCGACGUGCCGUAUUACGUCAUCAAGGGCGGUGAAAACUAAAGUCGGCGUGUGUCUCGACUCUCUCAUUUCAGCACAGUGUCUGUAUGUACACAAUCUGUGUUUUGCAGACGGGAAGAUUCUUGAUUUUGAUUCAGCUGUCUUUUAAAAGUACUGCAUCACCCAGAGGUAGACGCAAAGAAGCAGCAGCUUCUACUUACCGUUAAACUAAGAUGGAUGUGAAAGAGGAGACAUGUGAGGCUGACAUAAAUACCAUGGAGAUAAUGACUGUAACUGUUAAGGAAGAGGACGACUAUGAAUGGGAGUCUUUCCACUCAGAACAGGAGAAUCUGGGCAUUAAGGAUGAGGAUUAUGAAAUGGUGACUGUGGGCAUUGAAAAAGAGGCAGAUGUAGCAUCUGUCAGCAAUAAGACACACAUACAUAAAACUCCGGGACGUGUUGACCUCAAGGUGAGGUCUGAGCCUGACACAAAGAGGACUGAGGAAAAUUCAUCUAUUGGAAUUUGGGAAGAUCACCCAUCACCUUUAAAUGAAUCUAAAAUAACUUUACAAGUCAAAGAUGCCUUUUUGUCCUCGUUGGCUCAGGCUCCUCUUCAGCACAAAUCACAACAGACAUCAAAUGAUAACAAUGCCUCAUUACAGGAUGAUUCUUUGCCACCGAUGAAACAAAUGACAGUGGGUGCAAUCGCAUGUCAUCUUCAGACACACAAUUCAGACUCUGCCACAGUCCAUCAGGAACAGGUGAAAAGUAUUCAAGGCAAGUCUAAAUCCAGGAAUGGUAAUCCAAGUCAAACACAACAGAAGGUGUAUCAGUGUUCUGAAUGUGGCAAACAAUUCACCACCAGCAAUGGCCUUCAGUAUCACAAAAGAAUUCACACUGGUGAGAAGGCAUAUUGCUGUUCAGACUGUGGCAAACGAUUCACCACCAGCAGCAACCUUCAAGACCACAGAAGAAUUCACACCGGAGAGAAGCCAUAUUGCUGUUCAGAAUGUGGCAAGCAGUUUUCUGAAAGGAGCAGCUUUCAGAAGCACAAAAAAAUUCAUACGGGAGAAAAGCCAUAUUCUUGCUCUGAAUGUGGCAAGCAGUUUUCACAAAUGAGUGCUCUUCAGUCCCAUACAAGAAUUCAUACUGGUGAGAAGCCGUAUUCUUGUUCUGAAUGUGGAAAAGCAUUCACCACCAACCACAGCCUUCAGGAUCACAGAAGAAUUCACACUGGAGAAAAACCGUAUUGCUGUUCUGAAUGUGGCAAAGAAUUCACGUGCAAGAGCAGUCUACAGAAGCACAAACGAACACAUACAGGAGGGAAGCCAUAUGGGUGUUCUGAAUGUGGAAAAAUGUUCACCAGCAACAGCAACCUUAAGGACCAUAGAAGAAUUCACACUGGAGAGAAACCGUAUGGUUGUUCUGAAUGUGGCAAAGGAUUCACCACCAGCAGCUCUCUUCAAACACACAUACGAGUUCACACUGGAGAGAAGCCAUAUUGUUGUUCUGAAUGUGGGAAAGGAUUUGUCACCAGCAGCAGCCUUCUGGAACACAAAAGAUUUCACACUAGAGAGAAACCAUAUUGUUGUUCCGAAUGUGGAAAUGGAUUUGUAACUAGCAGCAGUCUUCAGAGGCACAGAAGAAUUCACACUGGUGAGAAACCAUACUGUUGUUCUGAAUGUGGUAAAGGAUUCACCCACCAUAGCAGUUUUCAGUACCACAGAAGAAUUCACACUGGGGAAAAGCCAUAUAGUUGUUCUGAAUGUGGAAAACAAUUCACCACCAGUAGCUCUCUUCAGAUACACAGAAGAUUUCACAGUAGCAACAAACAUCACUGCUGUUCUGAAUGUGGCAAACAGUUCUGUUACAGUAGUCACCUUUGGAGGCAUAUUAGAAUUCACACUGGAGAGAAGCCAUAUUGUUGUUCAGAAUGUGGUAAACAGUUUUUGCAAAGUACCCAUCUUCAGAGACACAUUAGAACUCACACUGGAGAGAAGCCAUAUUGCUGUAAUGAAUGUGGUAAACGAUUCUGUCACAGAAAUGAUCUUCAGAUCCACAAAAGAAUUCACACCGGAGAGAAGCCCUAUUGCUGUAUUGAAUGUGGCAAACAAUUCUAUCGCAGGAGUAAUCUUCUGAGCCACAAUAGAGUUCACACCGGAGAGAAGCCCUAUUGCUGUUCUGAAUGUGGCAAACAAUUCUGUCAGAGGGGUGAUCUUCAGAGCCACAGAAGAAUUCACACUGGAGAGAAGCCAUAUUGCUGUAACGAAUGUGGCAAGCGUUUUGGCCACAGAAGUAACCUUCAGAGCCACACAAAACUUCACACUGGAGACAAGAUUAAAAGAUGAAUGCCUAAUAAUGGCUGGACAAGAUUGCAGCAUGUGCAAAAGUUGGCUAAGGAUAUCAAUAGAAAAGAAUUUUAUAAAAAACAGAGCUGGAGAUUUUCACACAUCUGGUUGCUAUGUGUAGGUUCCUGAUGGCUGCAAGUAACAACAAUGUUAUUAGACGACUAAUUUGCUGGGAAAUUUGUUUAAAAUAUGGUUUUAAUGCACUAGAAAGAAACUGGAAUCACAAUCCAGACUUCAUAGUUAAUCACCUGGGACAAACCAAUACCAAAUGAGAGGACAAGAGACGCCAGAAUAUUGGGCAUACAGUGGUGUGAAAAACUAUUUGCCCCCUUCCUGAUUUCUUAUUCUUUUGCAUGUUUGUCACACAAAAAGUUUCUGAUCAUCAAACACAUUUAACCAUUAGUCAAAUAUAACACAAGUAAACACAAAAUGCAGUUUUUAAAUGAUGGUUUUUAUUAUUUAGGGAGAAAAAAAAUCCAAACCUACAUGGCCCUGUGUGAAAAAGUAAUUGCCCCCUUGUUAAAAAAAUAACCUAACUGUGGUGUAUCACACCUGAGUUCAAUUUCCGUAGCCACCCCCAGGCCUGAUUACUGCCACACCUGUUUCAAUCAAGAAAUCACUUAAAUAGGAGCUGCCUGACACAGAGAAGUAGACCAAAAGCACCUCAAAAGCUAGACAUCAUGCCAAGAUCCAAAGAAAUUCAGGAACAAAUGAGAACAGAAGUAAUUGAGAUCUAUCAGUCUGGUAAAGGUUAUAAAGCCAUUUCUAAAGCUUUGGGACUCCAGCAAACCACAGUGAGAGCCAUUAUCCACAAAUGGCAAAAACAUGGAACAGUGGUGAACCUUCCCAGGAGUGGCCGGCCGACCAAAAUUACCCCAAGAGCGCAGAGACGACUCAUCCGAGAGGUCACAAAAGACCCCAGGACAACGUCUAAAGAACUGCAGGCCUCACUUGCCUCAAUUAAGGUCAGUGUUCACGACUCCACCAUAAGAAAGAGACUGGGCAAAAACGGCCUGCAUGGCAGAUUUCCAAGACGCAAACCACUGUUAAGCAAAAAGAACAUUAGGGCUCGUCUCAAUUUUGCUAAGAAACGUCUCAAUGAUUGCCAAGACUUUUGGGAAAAUACCUUGUGGACUGAUGAGUCAAAAGUUGAACUUUUUGGAAGGCAAAUGUCCCGUUACAUCUGGCAUAAAAGGAACACAGCAUUUUAGAAAAAGAACAUCAUACCAACAGUAAAAUAUGGUGGUGGUAGUGUGAUGGUCUGGGGUUGUUUUG